GCGGGGCGCGGGGGUCGGUGGCUGCUGGGCGGGCGGGGCGCAGGCCGCGGGACCCGAGCCCGGGGGAGCGAGAGAGCGGAAGCGCCGAGGAUCCGAUUCACUCGCUGGGGAGACCUAUGGGCCGAAGCCGUGUAAAUGCGUUUUAAGCAGGGGCCUCGGCUCCGCAACUGCCACUCCUCCUCGGGGUGUUGCACAAGUUUCGAGGUCACCGGCGACCCCCCCUAGCAGCGCGCCUGGCUCUGGCCCCCGCGAAGGAGGACGGAGCUUGUGUGUUGCAUACUUUCUAAGGCGGCGGCUGCAGCAGCGGCUCCAUCCAGCCCGUCAGCUCCUCCUGCAAGGCAUGGCUGGCUACCUGAGUGAAUCGGACUUUGUGAUGGUGGAGGAGGGCUUCAGUACCCGAGACCUGCUGAAGGAACUCACUCUGGGGGCCUCACAGGCCACCACGGACCAGGUAGCUGCCUUCUUCGUGGCUGACCUGGGUGCCAUAGUGAGGAAGCACUUUUGCUUUCUGAAGUGCCUGCCACGAGUCCGGCCCUUUUACGCUGUCAAGUGCAACAGCAGCCCAGGUGUGCUGAAGGUUCUGGCCCAGCUGGGGCUGGGCUUUAGCUGUGCCAACAAGGCAGAGAUGGAGUUGGUCCAGCAUAUUGGAGUCCCUGCCAGUAAGAUCAUCUGCGCCAACCCCUGUAAGCAAAUUGCACAGAUCAAAUAUGCUGCCAAGCAUGGGAUCCGGCUGCUGAGCUUUGACAAUGAGAUGGAGCUGGCAAAGGUGGUAAAGAGCCACCCCAGUGCCAAGAUGGUUCUGUGCAUUGCUACCGAUGACUCCCACUCCCUGAGCCGCCUGAGCCUAAAGUUUGGAGUGUCACUGAAAUCCUGCAGACACCUGCUUGAAAAUGCGAAGAAGAGCCACGUGGAGGUGGUGGGUGUGAGUUUUCACAUUGGCAGUGGCUGUCCUGACCCUCAGGCCUACGCUCAGUCCAUCGCAGAUGCCCGGCUCGUGUUUGAAAUGGGCACUGAGCUGGGUCACAAGAUGCACAUUCUGGACCUUGGUGGCGGCUUCCCUGGCACAGAAGGGGCUAAAGUGAGAUUUGAAGAGAUUGCUUCCAUGAUCAACUCAGCCUUGGACCUGUACUUCCCAGAGGGCUGUGGCGUGGACAUCUUUGCUGAGCUGGGGCGCUACUACGUGACUUCGGCCUUCACUGUGGCAGUCAGCAUCACUGCCAAGAAGGAGGUUCUGCUGGACCAGCCUGGCAGGGAGGAGGAAAAUGGUUCCACCCGCAAGACCAUCGUGUACCACCUUGAUGAGGGCGUGUAUGGGAUCUUCAACUCAGUCCUGUUUGACAACAUCUGCCCUAUCCCCAUCCUGCAGAAGUCUAAGAACCACCCACCCUGCUACAUGUCUCUAGAGUCCAUUCAUUUCAUUGCUGUGUAGCGCUCUUUUGCAAUGUGUAAGAGACUCGGUGGCUCUGCAUUUUCUCCAGCACGGAGUAUUGCCAGACUGAAAACAUUUUCCCAGUGGAAUGGAUGUAAAAUGGAUCUCAUUGUGUCUUGAUUUGCAUUUCCCUCAUCACUAGCAAAGCUGGACAUCUCUUUGUAUAUUUACUGGCCAAACAUGUUUCCCAGAACUUCUUCCAGGGACUUUGUAAGUUGGCGUUCCCCUUCAUGUCUGAAUUUCUCCACCGAGUGGUCUAUACCCACUGCCCCUGCUCACUCAGCUCCCUUAGCCCUUCCAACCUCUCCAGUCAGGUACCUGUUCCACGAUGCCAUGGAAGAUGCUCUUGAAAGACACUUCCACGCUGCUAGCUCUUCCAUGUGGCUCUUCUGUCCCAGCAGCUGGUCCUCCUCUGUUUUCAUGCUCACCUCUCCUGGCUUCUGUGGCAACAUCCUGGGUCUUGGCUACUCUUCUGCUGUUCUCUCCUUGUCUCCUUGGCCCUUCUCCUGCUCACCCUUUAAGUGUUGACUGUCUCGGGCCUCAGUCCUUGAUCUUCUCUGUCUAUAUGCGCUUCCUAGGUAAAUGCUUCCAGACUGAGGUUUUUAGUAUCUUCCAUACUACCAUCACUCCCAAAUUUCUAUCUCUAUCCUGGAUCACACCCCUGAGCUCCAGACUUGCACAUCCAACUACCUGCUUGACAUUCCUACUGGGAUUUCACAGACAUCUCAAAUUUAACUUGUUCAGAACUGAACUCUUGAUUUCCAACCCCAAACUUCUCUUGGUAAAUAGCACUGCCACUAGCCAACUGCUGAAGCUAAAAAAGUUGGCAUUAUUCUUGAUUCUUGCUUUCCCUCUCCUUCCACAUGCAGUCCACCUGCAAUUCUUGAGUGUAGUUCCAAAAUACAUUUUGGUUUCAGUGAAUUCUUUCUGUCGCCACCCUAAUGCAAGCCACCAUUGCCUCCUGCUUGAGCUACUGCAGUAACCAUUAACUGGUUUUCCACCCCAUACUACUACCUGCUUACCACCCAUUUUCCACGCUGCAGACAGAAUGAUCUUUUAAAAUCCCAAAGAUUAUGCCCCUCCUCUGCUUAACACCAUCUGUGGCUUCCCAUUGCUCUCAGAAUAAAACCUAGACUCCUUACCACAACCAGCAAGGCUCCUGCCAUCUUCCCAGGCACCUCUGCCCUCACUCCUGUCUCUGUUUUCAGCUCCACUUACCUGCUCCAGCCCCAUCCCUCUCCUUUCUGUUUUUGUAACACCUAAGUUGUUUCUGCUCUCAGGGCCUUUGCAUUCGCUCACCCAGAAUGCUCUUCCACUCACCCCUGAGACAGCUGCUGUAUUCUCUUUCUUAUGUCUCAGCUCAGAUGUCACCUCGUCAGGGAGGCCUUUCCUGACUGCCCUCUCUAAAGUAGGCUGACCUCCCCUAGUCAGAUAAUUUUGAUACCCUGCUUAUUUUCUUAACAACCCAUCAUAAUCUGUUAGUUAUCUUGUUUUUGUUUACUUGCGUAUAGUCUGUCUUCUCCAUUAGCAGGUAGGCUCUAUGAGGGCAGCCACAUUGUCCAGUUAGUUUCCUCUGAGUUCCCAGCACCAGACACAGUGCCUGGCAUAUAGUAGGUGCUCACUAAAUAUCUGUUGAAUGAAUUGUGAAUGGAUGAAUCAAUCAUUCAAUAAACUGUGAGACCCUUGAGGGUCUCACAUCUGUUCAUAUCUGUUUCCCUAGUACAGAACUUGGCAUACAGUAGGUUCAGUAUAUGUUGGAAUUAAAUAGAUCUUUUUCUUUUCUUGAGAUGGAGUCUCACUCUGUCACCCAGGCUGGAGUGCAGUGCUGCAGUCUUGGCUCACUGCAACCUCUGCCUCCCGGGUUCAAGUGAUUCUGCUGCCUCAGCUUCCCUAGUAGCUGGGAUUACAGGCGCCCGCCACUAUGCCUGGCUAAUUUCUGUAUUUUUAGUAGAGAUGGCAUUUCACCAUGUUGGUCAGGUUGGUCUUGAACUCCUGACCUCAAGUGAUCCGCCCACCUCAGCCUCCCAAAGUGCUUUGAUUACAGGCAUGAGCCACUGUACCUGGCCAUUGUUUCUUUCAUUUCUAUGUCUUUGACAAGGAUAAAGCAUUGUGUUUUUGUUUAUUGUUUUAUUUCUUUUGAUGUCAAUGUCUUUUUAUAUCCUCUGUUCACUUAAUUUGGGAGGUCUUGAAGUUUUUUCCUGCACAUAGAAAUGAGCUUGCAUAUGCAUGUGUGCAUGUAUUUAAUAUGAUGUUUGAUACAAAUAUUUUUUCACUCUAUUUGUUUAUUAUUUUAGUUUUGUAAUUCUUUGUUAUUUCAUAGAAGUUUUGACACACUAUUGUGUUUUAACUAAGUUUGCUGUAAUUAAUAGGAAGGAAAUCUGUUACUUUCUUUUGUGCUCUGCUGUUAUAGAUUAUCUUUAUUAUAUAUAUAUAUAGUCUUAUAGAAAUAGAAUGUUUAUUAGAAAAAAUUUAACACAAAUAGUAAAAUAAAAUGAUUCACUAAUCCCACCAUUCAGAGAUGACUAUUGUUAAAUGUACUUUGGUUUCUACUUUUUUAGGGUUUAAUGACUAUUUUAUUUUGUUUUAUUUUAUUUAAGACAGGGUCACACUCUGUCACCCUGGCCAGAGUGCAGUGGCACAGUCAUGCUCACUGUAGCCUCCACCUCCGAGGCUCAAGCCAUCCUUCCCACUCCAGCUUCUGAAUAGCUGGGACUACAGGCACAUGCCACUAUGCCUGGCUAAUUUUUGUAUUUUUUGUAGGGAUGGGGUUUUGCCAUGUUGCCCAGGCUGGUCUUGAGCGCCUUGUUUUGUUCAAGCAAUCCUCCCACCUUGAGAUUACAGACAUGAGCCACCACGCCUGACCUGAUAAUUUUUUUUAAAAGGUUGUCUAGUCUUGCUAAGAAUAAGCAAGACUUUUUGUUUACUAAUGUCAUGAUUUAACCAAUUUUAGCUGCUCUGAUAUUAAAAGGUGUUUUCGUUAAUAUACUUCUAAAAUAUUGGAAAUAAUCAGAGCUGGGUGGGGGUAGAGAACUAAGCCCAAAAGCUCUAAUUUACAAUGCUGUAACAUUUUGAAAGACCAAUCUUGUUUUUGGUUUCUACUUUUUAAAAAAGUGUCAUAGUGCACUUUGUUUUUCACUUUAAAAUUUUAUAUAUUGUGAGCAUAUGGUUUUCUUUAAAUACUGAUGUGUUAGGUGGACUUUUAAAUAUAGAAACAUUUUAAAUGUUCAUUGAGUGCUCUAAAAUGGUACAUAUUUAGUGUGUGUAUUAGUUUGUCCUCACACUGCCAAAAAGGAAUACCCAAGAGUGGGUAAUUUAAAAAGGAAAGAGGUUUAAUUGACACAGUUCUGCAUGGCUAGGGAGGCCUCAGGAAACCUACAAUCAUGGCAGAAGGGGAAGCAGGCACAUCUUACAUGGCUGCAGGAAGGAGAGGUUUUAAAGGGGAACUUCCAAACACUUUUAAAACCAUCAGCUCUGGUGAGAACUCCCUCACUAUCAUAAGAAUAGCAUGGGCGAAACUGCCCCCCAUGAUCCAAUCACCUCCCAACAGGCCCCUCCCUCAAUAUCUGGGGAUUACAAUUCAAGAUGAGAUUUGGGUGGGGACACAAAGCCAAACCAUAUCAGUGUGUAAAGAUGCAAUUCAACAAAUGUGUAUCAGCACUUCACAAAUGCAAGAUACGAUUUGGUAUAGGGUAGAAUCAAGAGGAGGCAAGUAUCAUGGGAGUUUUAUAAGAAUCUUGGCAGGCAAAAUUCAGGACAGUUACCCCAGUCCAUGAAGAGAAAUUCUCCUUUUAUUGCCAAGAUGGGGCUUUCUUACUUGCUGUUCCAUUUUAUUCUAGUUUGUUAUGCUUUCAAAAGUGUGAAUCUGUCUGGAAUGUAUUGCAAUAGCACUUAGCAAGUGUGUCCCUAGACUAAGAAGACAGAAGACUCAAAUAAAUAAAAUUAUAAAUGAAAGAGGAGACAUUACAGGAUACCACAGAAAUUCAAAGGAUCAUAAGAGACCACUACUAGCAUGAAUAAUUAUACACCAAGAAAUUGGAUAACCUAGGCAAAAUGGAUAAAUUCCUAGACACAUAUUACCUACAAAGUCUCAAUCAUGAAGAAACAGAAAAUCUGAAUAGACCAAUAGUGAGUUAGGAGAUUGAAUCAGUAAUCAAAAACCUCCCAACAAAGAAAAGCCCAGGACCUCAUGGCUUUACUGGUGAAUUCUACCAAACAUGUAAAAAAGAAUUAAUACCAAUCCUUCUCAAACUCUUCCACAAAACUGAAGCAGAGGGAACACUUCCAAACUCAUUUUACAAAACCACAAUUACCUUAACACCAGAGCCAAAUACACCAUAAGAAAAGAAAAUUACAGGCCAUGUUCACAUAGAUGCAAAAAUCCUCAACAAAAUACUAGCAAUCCAAAUUAAAUAGCACAUUAAAAGGAUCAUACACCAUGAUCAAGUGGAAUUUAUCCCUGGGAUGCAAAGGUAUUUUAACAUGUCCGAAUUUAUAAAUGUGAUAUACUAUAAUAUUACCACAAUGAAGGAUAAAAAUCAUAUGAUCAUCUCAGUAGAUGGAGAACAAGCAUUUGACAAAAUUCAGCAUCCUUUUAUGAUAAAAACUUUCAACAAAUUAGGUAUGGAAAGAAUGUACCUCAACAUGAUAAAGACCAUAUAUGACAAGCUCACAGCUAAUGUUAUACUCAACAAGGAUCCUAAGGUCAGGAGCAAGACUUAAGAUGCUCAGUCUCACCACUUCUAUUUAGUGUGGUACUAGAAGUCCUAGCCAGAGCAAUUAGAGAAGAGGAAGAAAUAAAAGUCAUCCAAAUGGGAAAGGGAGAUGUAAAAUUGUCUCUGUUUGCAGAUGACAUUAUCUUAUAUAUAGAAAACUCUAAGGCUGGGCGUGGUGGCUUAUGCCUGUAAUCCUAGCACUUUGGGAGGCCAAGGCUGGUGGAUCACUUAAGGUCAGGAGUUCAAGACCACCCUGGCCAAUGUGGUGAAACCCUGUCUCUACUAGAAAUACAAAAUUAUCCAGGCGUAAAGGUGUGUGCCUGUAAUCCUAGCUACUCAGGAGGCUGAGGCAUGAGAAUUGCUUGAACCUGGGAGGCGAAGGUUGCAGUGAGCCGAGAUCAUACCACUGCACUCUAGCCUGGGCAACAGAGUGAGACUCCAUCUCACACACACACAAAAAGGCCGGCGCAGUGGCUCAUGCCUGUAACCCCAGCACUUUGGGAGGCCGAGGCAGGCAGAUCACUUGAGGUCAGGAGUUUGAGACCAGCCUGGACAAUAUGGUGAAACUCUGUCUCUACUAAAAAUGCAAAAAUUAGCCUGGCACGGUGAUGGGUGCUUGUAAUCCCAGCUACUCAGGAGGCUGAGGCACAAGAAUCAUUUGAGCCUGGGAGGUGGAGGCUGCAGUGAACUGAGAUGGCACCACUGCACCUCCAGCCUGGCGACAGAGCCAGACUCCAUCUCAAAACAAAACAAACAAACAAAAAAACUCUAAAGACUUCACCAAAAAACUAUUAGACUUAAUAAGUUCAGAAAAGUUAGAAGAUACAAAAUUAACAUACAAUGUUUCUAUAUGCUAACUAUCUGAAAAAGAAAUCAAGAAAACUAUCCCAUUUACAAUUGCAUCAAAAAAUUACUUAGGAAAUUUAAGGAGGUAAGAGAUCUGUACGCUGAAAACUAGAAAACAUUGAUGAAGGAAAUAAAAAAGGACAUAAAUAAAUGGAAAGAUAUCGCUGGAAGCAUCACAUUAUCUGAUUUCAAAAUACAUACUAGAAAGCUAUAAAGUAAGCAAAACAGCAUGGUACUGGCAUAAAAAUGAACAUAUAGACCAGUGGAAUAGAAUAGAGAGCCCAGAAAUAAAUCCAUGUAUUUACGGUCAAUUGAUCUUCAACAAAUGUGCCAAGGACACACAAUGGGAAAGGACAGUCUCUUCCAUAAAUGGUGUUAGGAAAACUAGAUAUCCACAUAUAGAAGAAUAAAAUUGGACGCUAUCUCACACCAUAUACAAAUGGAUUAAAGACUUUUAGAUUGACUUUUUUUUUUUUUUUUGAGACAGAGUCUCACUCUGUUGCCCAGGCUGGAGUGCAGUGGUGUGAUCUUGGCUCACUGCAGCCUCUGCCUCCUGGGUUCAAGUGAUUCUGCUGCCUCAGCCUCCCGAGUAGCUGGGAUUAUAGACAUGUGCCACCAUGCCCAGCUACUUUUUGUAUUUUUAGUAGAGAUGGGGUUUCACCAUGUUGGCCAAGCUGGUCUUGAACACCUGAACUCAAGUGAUUCGCCCACCUUGACCUCCCAAAGUGCUGGGAUUACAGGCGUGAACCACUGUGGCCCAGAUUGACUUCUUUCACUUAGUAAUAUGCACUUGUUUCCUUCAUGUCCUUUCAUGGCUUGAUAGUUCAUUUCUUUUUAGCAUUGAAUAAUAUUCCAUUAUCUGGGUAUACAGCAGUUUAUCCAUUCACCUACUGAAGGACAUCUUGGUUGCAUCCAAGUUUUGGCAAUUAUGAAUAAAGCUAUUAUAAACAUCUAUGUGUAAGUUUUUGUGUGACAAGCAUUUUUAACUCCUUUGGGUAAAUACUAAGGAGUACAAUUGCUGGAUCAUAUGGUAAGAAUAUGUUUAGUUUUGUAGAAAAUUGCCAAACAGUAUUUCAAAGUGGCUGUACCAUUUUGCAUUCCCACCAGCAAUGAAUGGGAGUUCUUGUUGCUCCACAUCCACACCAGCAUUUGGUGUUACCAGUGUUCUGAAUUUUGGCCAUUUGAGUAAGUGUGCAGUGGUAUUUGUUGUUUUAAUUUAUAUUUCCCUGAUCACAUAUGUUUGUUUGCCAUCUGUAUAUAUUCUUUGGCGAAGUAUCUGUUAAAGUCCUUUGACCAUUAUAAACAGAGUUUUAGUUGUUUGUUUUCUCAUUUUUGAGUUUUAAGAGUUUUUCAUAUAUUUUGGAUAACAGUCCUUUAUCAGAUGUGUCUUUUGCAACUAUUUUCUCCCAGUCUGUGGCUUGUCUUCUCUUAACAUUUUCUUUUCUUUUCUUUCUUUUUUUUAUUUUUUAAGAUAGAGUCUUGCUCUGUCACCCAGGCUGGAUGGAGUGCAGUGAUGAGAUCUUGGCUCACUGCUACCUUCGCCUCCCAGGCUCAAGCGAUUCUCCUGCCGCAGCCUCCUGAGUGGCUGGGAUUACAGGUGUGCACCACCAAGCCUGGCUAAUUUUUGUAUUUUUAGUAGAGAUGGGGUUUCACCAUGUUGUCCAGGCUGGUCUCGAACUCCUGGCCUCAAGUGAUCUGCCUGCCUUGACCUCCCAAAGUGCUGGGAUUACAGGUGUGAGCCACCAUGCCUGGUGAAUAUUGUCUUUUGCAGUGCAGAAAUUUUUAAUUUUAAUAAAGUCCAGUUUAUCAAUUAUUUCUUUUAUGGAUUGUGCCUUUGGUGUUGUGUGUUCUUUUCUUUUUUUUUUUUUUUUCUGUAGUGCUUAUUACCUUCUAACAUACUAUAUAAUUUACUUGUUUGCCUUCCCCCUGCUAGACUGUAAAACCCAUGAGGACAAGGACCUUUGUGUAUUUUGUUUAUUAGUGUGUCCCAAGCAUACAAAACAGUGAUUAUCCAAAUAUGUAUUAAAUGGCAACCUAAUUUUGAAACUGGAUUUUUGUUUUGGAGUGUAUGCUGAAUCAUGGUAGCAUUGACUUUCAGUUUUGAUAUCUGUGUGGGUUCCUAGGGCCUAGUCAAGAUGGAGAAUCCAAUAGGAUGCCCUUACAUAGAGCUGAGAACCCAAAAGAAGUACAUCCUUAGUGUAAGAGUCAACUAGAGUAAAAAGCCCAUUCUACAGAGAACAGCAGCAAGAAAACUUCACUGUUUUGAUCUUGGUAGUGAUUGGAAGAGAGCAAAAAAUUGAGAUUUUGUAACCACAAGCCAGCCUUCUUUUGGGCUUGUGGCCCAAAUUCACAUUAACUAUGGUCUGAAAAACCUUAAGCCUCAAAAUAAUUUCAUCUGGCAGAAGCAAACAAAUUCUCCCUGGAGGAGGAAUCUUCAGUUUAGGCUUCUCACUGAUAAGGUUUCAAAGUACGUGAGCUCACAGUCAAAAAUCACAACAUACAAAGAAACAAGUCAUCAUGAGGAAGAACCACAAAAGCAAUAGGUAGCAGAUCAGACCUGCAUUUACUUCAUAUAUUGGAAUUAUCAGGUGCUAACAUUCUUUUACAAUGUUUGAAGAUAUAAGAAAUUGAAAAUAUGACCAAAGAAUAAGUGAACAUAAAAAUAUGUUGUGGCAGAUUUUAAAAAUGAUUAAAUAGAACUAGAAAUGAAAAAUAUGAAAAUUGAAAUUAUGGCCAGGGUAGGCAGCAUAUUAGAGACAACAGAAGAGAGAAUGAGAGAAUGGGAAGAUAGAGUUGAAGAAAGUAUCCAAAUGUAGCACAGAGACAAAAAGAUAUAAAAUAGGAAAGGCUAAGGAAAUGGUGCAUAGAGUCAGAAGGCGUAAUGUCCAAUCAUAGUUUCAGGAAGAGACUGUAUCAGGAUACAAAUGUCACACUAGUAAUUUGAACAGGGAAAUUUUAACAUAAAGAGUGGUUAACUCUAAAGGUGGUUCAUUACAAUUACUAAAAGAGGUAAAAUCAGCUACCACCCCUGGUCCUGAGGGAGAGUGAACAAGGCAGGAACUUAGAAACAGAGGAGGAGGGCUCCUCCCUCCAAGGCUGAUAUUGAAACCUUUGAGGAGAGGCUGCAGUGUCACAGAAACAGCAGUCUACCAGUGGCAAACUUGUCAGAGGGUGACUACUGCAAUAAUCCAUGCAGCACAGAAGCAGCCUGCUGCUGAGUGGGGGAGAAUCUUGCUGGAAGGUGCAGGCCAGGGCUGAACUGUGAAGGCCACUAAGGCGAAUGCUACCAUGUACUUGCUGGGUAACCUUAGGCAAGUUACUUAAUCUCUCUGAGUCUUACUUCUCUAGCUUCUCCACUUGGAAAAUGAGGGGGCUGAACUUUAAUUACUAAUGUUGCUUGUUGUUUUGAAGUGAGGCCAUUCCAGUGUAUCUUCACAAAGUUAGAGUUGGUUCCUUAUUGGUCUGUCUUCAUUGUGGGGUUUUGCUUUGAUUUUUCUGUAGUUUUGAUCAAGAAUAGACGGUACAGCUAUUGAAUGCCAUGUUGAAAUGUUAAAAUGUAAAUGUAUAGAGUAACCACUAUAAGAAUAGAAAUUAGAUAAUAUAACUUCUAACACAGAGGGUAAUUAAAAUAGUUUAGUUUUGAUCCCAGCAUAAGAAAUAGACCAGCUGAGGCAAACUGGGGGGAAUAUUGAAACACAUAUAUAAUUGAUAAGAGAUUAGUAGACAAAAUAUAUUAAGAAUUUUUUUUUUUUUUUCCUGAGACGGAGUCUUUUUCUGUCGCCCAGGCUGGAGUGCAGUGGCUCAGCUCACUGCAACCUCCUCCUCCCAGGUCCAAGCAAUUCUCCCACCUCAGCCUCCCAAGUAGCUGGGAUUACAGGCACACGCCACCAUGCCUGGCUAAUUUUUGUAUUUUUUUUAGUAGAGCUGGGGUUUCACCAUGUUGGCCAGGCUGGUCUCAAACUCCUGACCUUGUGAUCCACCCGCCUCGGCCUCCCAAAGUGCUGGGAUUACAGGCGUGAACCACAGCGCCCGGCCUGAAGAAUUCUUAAGUAAGAAAUAGAGACAAACAAGAAUCUCAAGAAAAUAAGGAAAAAAGCAACCCAAUAGAAAUACAGGCAAGAGACUUUACCGGGCAAUUCAUAGAAGAUGAAAUGAAAAGAUGCUCAGUGGUAAUCAA